UUUCGAGGCGCGAGCUCUGUGCAGUUCGUUUCGGAUUUUAGUGCUCGGUUAACGCUCGGCCAGUGUGGACGUCUUUUGUCGCGUGCUACAGAUAUACAUUAACGGAAUUUUUGUCCCAUCUAUAUAUUUGAACGUCUCACAGUCGACGAAAAAAUACGUAAUUUUUGUGCGCUGCUUGUGUUAAGCUUAACGGCAAAACCCACAAAAUAAGAUCAACUUAGUUACUGCAAUUGAAUUAUUGAAAGUUUGCGCGUGUGAGGAAUUCAUUAAGAGUUCGGCAAAAAUGACAAAAUGACAGCAAAACGUGAUAAGGAUUACAACAAAAAUAAAUCAACAGCGGGCCUCGGAUUCUCCGCCUCCAGUUCAACCAAUGGCAGCGGCAUCAAAUCGAUCGGUCUGGUGAGCUCCUCACAAAAUGUAACCUCGUCGCAGGACAUUAGCAAACGUACGAAUAAACCACUCAUGGAAAAGCGUCGACGUGCCCGCAUCAAUCAGAGCCUGGCCAUAUUGAAGGCCCUCAUCUUGGAGUCCACCAAGCAUCAAAAUGCCAAGAAUGGUGAUGGCCAGGCCAAGCAUACUAAAUUGGAGAAGGCAGACAUAUUGGAGCUUACGGUUCGCCAUUUUCAGCGGCACCGCAAUCUCGAUGAUCCAGCAGCUGUGAACAAAUACCGCGCCGGCUAUACGGACUGUGCUCGAGAGGUGGCCCGCUAUUUGGCCACGCCGGAACCGCCACCCAUGGGCAAUAUGCCAACGCUGGCGGAGCCGGGCUCCAAGGCGCGUCUAUUGCGACAUUUGGAUCAAUGCAUAGCCGAGAUCGAUGUCGAGAUAUGCCCGCACUCAGCGACCGCCGCAUUCACGGAGAGUCCCAAUAGCAGCAGCACAUGCUUUGACAUUAAGAAGACGCCGGCACAGCCAGGGGAGGAGCAUUCGCUGGAUUACAGCAGCCAGGACUCGAAUCCCUUGGACUACAGCAAAGGUCUAAAGCUGGGCGAGAAUCCCAUGCUAGGUGAUCAGCGUGCAACGCAGCAGGAUGAGAACAACAAUCGGGGCCAACAGGCGCCGCCAGUGCAGACGCAGCUGCCAACACAGCUGCCAAUGCAACAGCAGCAGCAGCAACAAUUGCAGCUGCAGCAACAACAACAACAGCAACAGCAGCAGCAGCAACAACAGUCGCCGCCAAGCGGCACAGUCAUUGAGCUGGGCUACGAGCAGGACGUCAAUAAGGUUGUCUGUGCCAACGUGCUGGAGCAGUACAAGCAACAGCUCAAGGCCCACACUCAGGUGGAGGGCAGCGCUGCUGCACCGAAUGGUGUUCUGGUGCUGCCGCCGCAUUAUGUGCAGCUCGCAGCUGCCCUUGGGUUGAGUGCCCAGCCCAUGGUGGAUCCCAUUGCCACGCGUACGGACUUCGAGCGCCUGAUUGAGCUGCAGCGCAUGCAACCGCAUCUGGCUGGCAAAUUGAGUCCGAAUUUCGCGGGCAGCUUGGAGGCGGCACAUGUGGCGGCCGCUGCAGCUGCCGCCUAUGCCAACAGCAUGGCCAACAACACAAAUGUGGCGGCGGCAGCGGCUGCCACGGCCAUGCUAAGCGAACGACCCGCCUCGGUGGCGUCCUCCUCGGCCGCCGCUUCGGUGAGCUCUGGUGUCUCUGACCUAAAGUCGGCGCCGGCCACACAGCAAUCGUCGCCACGCUCUGAGAGCGGCAUCGGCUCCAAUGAGAACGAAACCCUCGACGCCAGUCCACAGACAAGCAGCGCUGCGAGGCAGGCGCUGCGCAUGCGACAGGAGGAAGAGUAUCGGGCACAACAGGUGGGCGCCGUCGGCGCUGGCGGUGGCGUUGCCGCUGGCCAGCAGGUCGUCGAUGAGAGCAUGUGGCGGCCCUGGUAGACUACAGCGGCCUUGUGUACAGAUUCGAUUGAUUUAGGUUUUACUAAGCAUAUAGAUGUGUAUAUAAAUAUCGGGGCUAUUGCUUUCGGAAUUUCUUGUCUAUGGAAAACUUAGGCUGAGAACGAACAUAUUUGUGCAUAUUCUUUUCUUUUUUUUUUUUUUUUUUUAAUUUUGUGUAUUUCUAAGAAUUUAUACUCUAUAGCAACACGAAUUACACUCCAUCUUCUGAAAAUCUGUACCUACCUACUGAAUAUAUAUUAUAUAUUGAAAUUCUAAGAAUUUCGACUCUAUAUAAUAUAGGGUACUGUACAAAUUUUAAUUUUAUUUUUUAAGAUGUUUAAUAUUAAAAUUUAACAUUUUUAAGUCCUUUGUCUAUAUGUUUUCUUAGACAAGUUAAGUACAAACUAAGUACAAACCGUAGUCAAAAUUUCCCUCUGCAGCCCCGAUAAAUAUAUAUAUUAUAAUAAAUAUAUAUUUAAAUGUAUAUGUAUGUAGACUGCGCAAAUUUGUUGCUUUGUUAUGUUAUACGACGUUUUCUUUUUGCUCCCAACAACUUUUAAAUAUGAGAUCCGCAUAUCUAAAAGAAAACUUUUUCCCUUUUAUUGUUAAGCUCCUCCUGCUCGUAUAUACAUAUGUAAAUUCUAGCACGAGAUGCGAAUUUCUAAAUGCAUUUUUCACGUGUGCCAAUGCUAAAAAAAGACUCAUAUGUAGUAGACAAAAUCCAAAAAGAAAAGAAAAGAAAAUCGAGAAAAAAAUACCCGAUCGUAAUUGUAAAACUCCAAAAAUAAUUAUAUUUUGUUUUAAAAUCUUGCGUAAAAUGUAUCAAAUACUGAAAUUAAAGAAAGAACUACAAUAAUGUUAAAACUA